AAUAAUUGGGAGUAUAUGGUACAAUUUUCAAGUUGCUUUGAUGCAAAACAAAAAAAACUAAGGAACGAAGAAGAAACAACAUAAAACCGAGUGCUUCAUUUAUACAAAUUCAAUUUCGUUUUGUCGAUCGUUGUCGUUGACGGCUAUUAGUAGCUACAAAUAAUAAAGCUUCAUCGAUUUAAUUUUUGCAAGAGAAGAAAAUGGGUAUUCCUUCGGAAAUUAGGGACGUUUGGGUCUCCAAAAGAAAUUGUUUCAUCAUUGCUUCUCCAGAUGAGGAGAGGAAGCUUUUAAGAUCUAAGAAAUGUACUCAUGAAGGCGUGAUUGCUGGAUUCAAGGCUGCUUCCGUUGCAUGCGUUGUCAGUGCUGUGCCUACAUUGACUGCUGUUCGCAAGAUUCCAUGGGCAAAGGCAAACCUCAAUUAUACUGCUCAGGCACUUAUCAUAUCUGCUGCAUCCAUUGCAGCAUACUUCAUCACUGCUGAUAAAACAAUCUUGGAAUGUGCAAGAAAAAAUGCUCAACUUGAAAAUUCUCUGAGACACAAUCGUGACACAGUUUCAUCUUAGACACUUCUAUACUCAUUGCUGGUCUUGGUGAAGGAUUUGUGCUACUUGCAAUAUUCAACCAGUAGGCCUGUUGCAAAACUUUCCUUUCUGGGUCUGGCUCGAAUGGAUUUGAAGGUGUAUAUGCUCAAAUAAAAGAGUUUGUUGUUGUUGUUGUUGUUGUGUAACAGUUAUAUUUGGAAUUGUCACUACACUAAUCAAUAAGUGACUUCAUAAUGAGAAUUUUGUGGAAUUGAUAUACCUUGUUUUAUUUACAAGUUGAUGUACCACAUUUUUGUUAAAGGCUUAGAGAGCUUGUUUAACCGAGCUUUUGUUGUUUUUUUCAUUUGGUAAAUUAUUUCCCUUAAAAAUUCCAUUUGUUUCAUAUACAUACUCUUUGAUUGGAGGAGCAUUUAUAA